CUGGAAGAAAGAAAGCGAGACAGAUAGGAGAAGGGCGGAAAAAAAAAUCGUUCUGACACACACCCACCCACACACACACGCACACACGAAUCUUCAAAGCUGAGGGCUUUUCAUAGACUGCCUAUUAGCUGAAAAGAUUACAUCUGGGGCCCUGCUCUGAAUAAAUAAGGUGAGAAGAGUGGCAGAGCUCAGUCACUCAGAGGGAGAGAUCCAUCCCGCUUCACCUCAGGAUCCACAGCUUCAACUUCGGUUAAGAACAGGACACACAGGAGGGACUCUACACACUGAGAAGAGAAAAGGAGUGAAAGAGGAACGUUCUCGUCUCUCUCACUGACUUCUCGUCUCUCUCACUGACUUACAGGAGGACCAGGGAUUACGCAAGUUUUGGAUUCUCCCAUCUUCUGUCAGGAACAGACCUGCAAUCCCUGAUUUAAAUUUUACUUGGACAUUUUUUUACUCUCCAAAGGACAUUUUUCUUCUCUCUGAUUUUUCAAAAGUUGACUGGAGCUCUUUGACGGGCACCGUGGGUCCGUCUCGAAGGGCAAGAGGGUGAGUGUACCAAGUUAUGGAUGUUGACACCUUCCUUUCGGACACGAAGGGAACCAGGUCCAGAGUAGGAAUUGACAUUUACAGUGAACGCUCGGGGCUCUGCCCCCUGGCCUCUUCCCUUCUUCCAGGCAGCUCUCCAGCAUGUACCUUUCUGUGAGGCUCUUCCCAGUCCUCCACCCUCCAGUACAAUGUGCACAUGGGAAGUGACUAAGAGUGCCGCAGCGUGGGUUCGUGUGUCUUACCUGUCCUCGCUGCUGCUGUUGCUUGUGCUCGCGUUCUCGGCUCUGCCCGUGGCAUGCCACGAUGCCCGCAGGGCCGCACGUACCUCCAGGGUGGCCAGCAAUUCGUCCUCGACUGCGGUGGUGGUGGGCAGGCAUGUCCGCAGCUACAGCCACCUCACAGGAGAUGUGCGACGCAGGAAGCUUUUCUCCUACCAGAAGUUUUUUCUCAGGAUUGAUAAGAACGGCACUGUCAAUGGCACCAAGUCCAAGGAUGAUCCGUUUAGUAUACUCGAAAUCAAGUCUGUGGAUGUUGGCAUUGUGGCAAUUAAAGGCCUCAAUAGCAACUAUUACCUUGCAAUCAACAAGAAAGGGGUGGUGUACGGAGCGAAGGAGUUUGGCACUGACUGCAAGCUGAUAGAGAGGAUCGAGGAGAACCGGUACAACACGUACGCCUCAGCAGAGUGGAAGAACAAGAAGAAGCACAUGUUCGUGGGUUUGAGCGCCAACGGCAAGCCAAUGAGGGCCAAGAAGACACGGAGAAAAAACACGGCCACGCACUUCCUGCCCAUUCCCAUCCCAUAGGGCCUGUACACGGCAAGCGUUCACUGCACUGAGAAAACACUUGGAACUUUUUCUACAGUAUAAAGAGAUGCCUUUGGAAGGACAGCACUAUGUAUAGUAACUGAGCUGAACUCUUUGCUGAUACAUACAUAUAUAAAUUAUUGGCACCUGAGAUAAUAUAAGACACCGAAAUUCUUUGACAAUAUGAUGGACCAGAAGGUAUAAAAGAACAACAAGGCAAGGCAAGGCAAGGCAAGGCAAGGCAAGGCCCUUCCCUCCUUCCUGAGCGGCCUACAGAGACGUUCACAGAGCGUAUCACAUGUAUUGUGUAUUUGUGUGUGAGUGUUUGCGUGUGACCUUCGGACAUGCUUAUUUAUGCUAUACUAACUUGUAUAGUAGGCUAUCCUGACUUUCCUUCAUGGACUCGCUGUGCUCUGUCUGCAAAUGCAAACACUUAAAGAACAGGAGAUGAGACACUAUGAGAUGGGAUGGCGUUCGAACCGCUGGAUUUAGCCAAGCAUAGCAUAAAACAACUCUAACAAAAUCCUUAUUAACAUGCAAAGCCACUGUAUUUGAUAGCUCCAUUCUUUACCUGACUGCUUCAGAAUAAAUUAUUUAUUUUAUGUAAUAUUUAAAGGGAUACCAAGACAAAAAAAAAUAUGAAAUGGACAUUUUUUAUCAUUUAUGCCUCUUCUUUUAAAAGCUAUUCUAUCGGUAAAACAUGAAUGAACAAAUAAAUAAAUAAAGAAAUAAAGAAAGCUA